ACUAGUACAAAUCAUCACUAUUGUGAGCUCCACCACCACUCAAUCCCUCUUCCUCCUCCCCGGCUAGGCCCCGCGUCGAACACCUGCUGUGCGCGCCGCCCAUGUCGUCCCCGUCGGCCGCCGCGCCGGUGCGCUUCGGCAUCAUGGGGUGCGCCUCCAUCGCGCGGAAGCUGGCGCGCGCCAUGCUGCUCGCCCCGGGCGCCGUCGUGGCCGCCGUCGGGAGCCGCUCCGAGGGGAAGGCGCGCGGGUUCGCCGACGAGACCGGGCUGCUCCGGCAGGGCGGGGGCGCCGCCCCGCCCCGCCUGCACGGCUCCUACGAGGCCCUCCUCGACGACCCGGGCGUCGACGCCGUCUACCUCCCGCUCCCCACCAGCCUCCACGUCCGCUGGGCCACCGCCGCCGCCGCCAAGGGGAAGCACGUGCUCCUCGAGAAGCCCACCGCGCUGUGCGCCGCCGACCUCGACGCCAUCCUCGCCGCCUGCGAGGCCGCCGGGGUGCAGUUCAUGGACGCCACCAUGUGGAUGCACCACCCGCGCACUGCCAAGAUGCGGGAGCUCGUCGACGACAAGGCCACCACCGGCGACAUAAGAGCGAUAAAUAGCUUGUUCAGCUUUCGGGCAAAUGAAGAAUUUCUCCACAAUGAUAUCAGGGUAAAGCCAGACCUUGAUGCCCUUGGUGCACUUGGUGAUGUCGGGUGGUACUGCAUCCGUGGAAUCUUGUGGGCUGUCGACUAUGAGCUUCCCAAGACUGUGAUCGCGAUGCGCGACCCUGUGAGGAACCAAGCUGGUGUGCUCCUUGCCUGUGGUGCGACACUCUACUGGGCUGAUGGCAAGAUCGCCACCUUCAACUGUUCUUUCCUCACCAACCUUACCAUGGACUUGAGCAUUGUUGGAACAAAUGGUACGCUUCAUGUCACUGACUUUGUCAUCCCAUACGAAGAGAAGUCUGCGUCAUUCAGCAUGGCAUCCAAGUCAAAAUUCGCCGAACUCCACACCGGAUGGGAUCCACUGCCCAGCAAGCACGUCGUCCCUACAGACCUGCCACAGGAGGCCCUCAUGGUCCAGGAGUUCUCAAGGUUAGUGCAGAACAUCCGAGACGCAGGUGGCAAACCUGAGGGGAAGUGGCCAUCCAUCACCCGGAAGACUCAGGUUGUGAUGGACGCAGUCAAAACUUCUAUUGACAACGAGUUUGCACCGGUUGAUGUUUCUAGUUGAAUACAGUAACCAGCUGCACUUUCUGAGAUGAUCUCUGUAGUCCAUGGUACUUCUGUAUCUUACAAGAAAAAACUACUUGUUCAAAUGAUUCUAAGAACCGCAGUCAAUUUCAGUACAAUGUUACAAAUGUAUCAAGCAAAAUGUUGUUAUAAAUAAAUGUUGAAACAUGGGAGCUUUGAUUAACCCAUAGAUUGUUGUAUUGUCAAAGCAAAAUCUGGUCUUUUGGCGCCCCACUUGGAUAUAAUAUCCCCAUAGAAA